AUGAGCGGCGCCGCGGGGAGCGGCGUUCCGCACGCCGGGGAGCCGCAGCGGGAGCCCGGCGUCCCGCUGGAGCUGCCGGCCGUCGCGGGAGAGGCGAGCGGGGAUCCCUCGGUGGAGGAGGAGAGCGGCGGCUCCGGCGGCGAGGCGGGGGCGGUGGCCGACGAGGAGCCGGAGACCCGCUCGGUGUGUAGCAGCGAGAGCGGCAGCGGCAGCCACCCCGGCGGGGCCGGCCCCAUCUGCAAGAUCUGCUUCCAGGGCCCCGAGCAGGGUGAAUUGUUAAAUCCUUGCCGCUGUGACGGGUCAGUACGAUACACACAUCAACUUUGCCUAUUAAAGUGGAUUAGUGAAAGAGGGUCAUGGACCUGUGAACUCUGCUGUUACAGAUACCAUGUUAUAGCAAUUAAAAUGAAGAAGCCUUGCCAGUGGCAAAGCAUUACUAUAACACUGGUUGAGAAAGUGCAGAUGGUUGCUGUAAUCCUAGGAUCUCUGUUCUUAGUAGCAAGUGUGACUUGGCUUCUAUGGUCAGCCUUCAGCCCCUAUGCAGUAUUGCAAAGAAAGGACAGCCUUUUUCAAACCUGCUAUGGAUUGUAUGGUUUUAUGGAUCUAGUAUGCAUAGGUCUCAUAGUACAUGAAGGUGCACCUGUUUAUCGAGUGUUUAAGAGAUGGAGGGCUGUGAAUCUACACUGGGAUGUGUUAAAUUAUGAUAAAGCUACAGAUAUAGAAGAGAGCAAUCGAGGAGAAUCCUCAGCAGGAAGAACACUGUGGUUACCACUGACUGCAUUUAGAAACAGAAAUUUAGUUCACCCAACACAGUUAACCUCACUAAGAUUUCAGUGUGGCUACGUAUUGUUACAUCUGUUCAACCGCAUGAGACCUCAGGAAGAUUCAUCAGAGGAUAAUGGCUCUGGGGAAGUAGUAAUGAGAGUGACCUCAGUGUAAAGAUUAAGCUCACUGUGCUACACAGAUAAGAAUAAUAUGCCCUGAUGUUACAGGGGUUUGGAAUGUAGCUACAAUGAAUGGUAAAACCAUUAACACUUGAGAAAAAAAAACAGAAAAAAACAAAAAAACACAUUUUUUUAAAAAAUUAA